GCGGUGACCGGCGAUAGACGCCCGUUCUGACGUGUUCAUCUGCAUUUUUCACAGGACUCGGCGGCCGACGGAAUCUGGCAUCGCAAACAUUGGGAUUGCGUCAUGAUCUGAGACGCCCCUGCCCCCACCUGUUAUCGGCAGUUUGGCAGUAGCGGUGACCGGCGAUAGACGCCCGUUCUGACGUGUUCAUCUGCAUUUUUCACAGGUUUGUCUUCACACAUUCACACAGUGUUUUCCUUUUCCUAUUUUUCUGCUGGUUGCUGCUACUGCCAAACUUGUCGUCGUAGUUAUGCUUUUCGAGGUGUAUGAGAGAUGAGUGUUUCUGGGGAGGACAUAUGCCUUGCUUGCAUGCUUACCCUAGAAACUACUGAUGCUAAAGUGAAAUGCAAAAAGUGUGGUAAUUCUUAUCACAUCGAACAGUGCUCUGGACUGACUGAGCCGCUUGAUAAGACGAGAAGUGGCACCAAUUCUCGCAAAAACUAUGUGUGUUCCACGUGUAAAACUGGUGCGCCAUGCGUCGGUGCAGGUGCCGCUGCUGCGGCUCGUCAGGAUUUUAACUUUGCUGUUGCUUUUGCGGAGUUAAGUCAAAAACUUGAUUUUCUAAUGCCACUAAAUGAAAAGAUGAACAGCAUUGAACAGGCAGUGCAAACAAUGUCUGAUCAUUUCGAUACCAUUCUGAAGCGAUUGGACAGCCAAGAUAAACAAAUUGAGCAGCUCCGUAAGAGAACUGAACAGUUGGAACGAGCAAGGCCUGACGAGGAACUACACCAGAUAAACUCUGACUUGAAUGACCUGGAAAUGCGUAGCAGGAGCCGAAACUUGGAAAUUCAUGGGAAACUUUUCAACGAGCACGAGAAUCUACUCCAAAAGAUAAACGAGAUAGCCAGGAUGAUCCAAGUUCCUGAGGUCAGCGAUCACGACCUUGAAGCUUAUCAUCGCCUUCCGGCGAAGGCAAAUAAGACCCCCGCCAUUAUCAUACGUUUUCAAAGCCAAAAGCUGAGGGAUAUGUGGCUGCAGAAAAGGCGAUUACUAAAGGAAAAGGAUGCAAACAUAUACUUUUCGGAAAACCUAACGCGCAGGGCAAGAACACUAUUGUGGACUGUGAAGCAAUGGGCUCGCGAUAAUGGCUUCCGUUACGUGUGGUAUGCAAACGGGAAAAUCUUCAUCCGCAGGAAAGAUGGCGAACCGUCCCAUGUUGUCAGGGACGCGAGUCAGCUGGCUAAUUACUGUGGUUAGCACGUCAGCACAUAAUAUGUGAACAUCACGUCAAAAUGGCUAACAAUAGAUUCGUGUUGCCUUGCAACAUUCGCAGCGUCAUGCCUACCGAUU